GGGCCUCUCUCCCUCCUUGACUUGGAAUUCAUCCAUAUGUAUCUCGGAACGCCGCAUUUUAGCCCGGCUCCUCCACGUGAAAUGCAACUCCAUCACGGACUUCGAUUCUCUCCACCCUCUGGACCAAUUGCGGAAGCUGAAACACUGACGGCCACUUGUUUCGACCAAGAUGAAGAAGGGUCUUGGUGCUGCCGAUCCGUUAUCGUCUCGAUAUGUAACUACGGAGUACUCAGUACGGAGGACGGAGUAUACAUUUGGUUUGUUCCCCUGUAUGUAUGGGACUCCAGGAUCGAGCAACAUAACCCCCUAUUUUUCUGUGUUGCGACCUCCAACAGAAUCGCAGUUGCUAGCCAACUACGGGGUAUAUGGGGGGCCGAUUUUUUUCCUUUCUUUUUCUUUUUUUUUUUUUUUUGGGAAUCAUCCAUUGAUCCGUGUAAACUUUCUCCAUAACUAUUCGCUGUGCCUGACAUCGGGAUUCGGGACAAUGAACGGUCCAGAGACCCCCGUUCCUUGCAUGCUCCACGGCAACCAUCGGACUGUUCGUUGCCUCCCAGCUUUUUCUGUCCAUACAUUCUCCGUACAUACAUACACACAUGUCCCACCGCCAUAACCUUCUUGGUGAGGACAAAAGUCUAAAGACAAGAUUCCACGAGAG